AUGACCGAACUCUCUUCAGCCCCCGUGCUGUCGACUCCAGACGAUAACCUCUUCGCAACCACCGAACAAAGCGAAACCAAGUCCACGCUCUCUCUCGAUGCGCUCAGGACGACGUACGAGAUCGCGCGCACCGCGACAGAGAUCCGCCAAGGUGGAUGGAAGAGAGUCGCGCUACAGUUUCCAGACCACAUGCUCGUCGAUGCUCCAAGAGUAGUAGAAGUGCUAAAGCAGGAACUGGAAAACGCAAGCGCAGAAGAGGGCGCAAAGGAUUGGAGGAUAUGCAUUCUGGCAGACACAAGUUACAGCGCCUGCUGCGUCGACGAGAUUGCGGCCGAACAUACAAAUGCAGACGUGGUAGUCCACUAUGGAAGGACAUGCCUGAGUCCGACGAGUCGACUGCCGGUCAUAUACGUAUACACAUCACAAGAGCUGAAUUACGAUGCCGUCAUUGAGCAAUUCACCAAAGACUUCGGCCACAAAGACACAAAAGUCGUCAUCAUGGCAGACUUGACAUAUCAGAACCAUGUGGAGCCGAUAUCAAAGGCGCUCGGAGAGUUGGGAUACAGCAACAUAGUAGCGACGGAGGUGAUCAGAGAUCCUGCUGGGGUAAUACCCAACAGGAGAAUAUCGGGCAACCCAAUAGACGAAGAGCUUCUCAAGGCGCAUUCGCUAUUCCACAUUUCCGAUCCUCCCGCAUCUCUGCUUCUCGCACUCCAGUCCCGAUUCGCCUCCUUACAUGUCCUCUCUGUACCUUCACCGUCCUCUCCCACCCUCGACAACCCGACCUUCCGAACAGCAGGUCUUUUGCGCCGGCGCUUCGCUCGCGUCCUCACCCUUGCUUCGGCGGGUGUCAUUGGCAUCCUCGUCAACACCCUCUCCGUAUCGAACUACCUCUCAUCAAUCGACCUACUACGGAAGAAGAUCGCAGCCGCCGGAAAGAAGAGCUAUACCGUUGUUGUGGGCAAACUCAACCCCGCCAAGCUAGCCAACUUUGCCGAAAUCGAGGGCUGGGUCGUUGUGGGAUGCUGGGAGAGCGGGCUUAUCGAAGAAGAUGCCGGCUACUGGCGACCGGUCAUUACACCCUUUGAGAUGGAGGUGGCAUUGAUGAGCGAGGAAGUACGAGUAUGGGGUGGAGAGUGGUGGGGGGGCAUCGAGAAGCUAAAGCUGGAAGUUGACGAUGGUGUUAAGAAGGAAGACAAGGAAGACAAUGACAAGGAUGAGGCAGAUGCGACGGCUGAAGAUGGCGCUGGAGACGAUCUGGACGAAGAUGAAUCACUACCGCCCGUAUUUGACUUGCGAACAGGAAAACUCGUUAGCAGCAGCAGGCCAAUGCAGCUUCCGACGAGAAGCGCAUCCAAGGCUCAGCAAGUGGAAGGCAACAGUGAGCCGCGGUCAUCCGAUGCAUUGAUAAAGAGGACAGUAGGCGAAUUAGCGAGCAUCAACGGCGUAGCCAGCCCCGGCGCGGAAUAUCUCCGAUCUCAGAGGACAUGGCAAGGACUAGGCAGCGACUUUAAAGAUGAAGCCAGCACGGUGGUAGAGGAGGGCCGAAGUGGCAUAGCGAGAGGCUAUCAUGUGGGCGAAGAGGCGGACAAGCACUAG